AGAGUAAAUAUUUUUCACUACUGGUGGAACCUGUCCGUCUGCUUCACCGGAGAUAAGGAGACUCAGCCUGAAGUGUAGGACACACAAAGAACAGCGGAGAGAACACGAACACAUUUACCAGCAAGAAACCAGAAAUAAUGCUGGACGGAGUAACAGUCUGGAUGUAGACCAGGACUGGACAUCAUGAAGAUGUAGUUUGAGUCUGAAUGAGGCGUGUGUGUUUCUGAGGACCUUUAAUGGGUAGAAGCAUCCUGGAUAUGGGGGGGUGUCAGAGUAACAGCAGCUCUGAUGAAGAGGAUGUCAGCGCUCUGAAGGAAAACUACACCAAUGUCAGCCUGUUCAAAGUAAAGAAUAACAGUCUACAUUUAGUCCCAUCUGCUGAGGUCAAACCUUACCUGAAAGAUCACUUCCUGUCCAGACGGAUCACUGAUCUCGACUUUUUGACCCUCUCUGCCCUGCCGCAUGGCCUCGACCAGCAGGAGUGGAUAGCAACAAACACGGUGUCGUUUUUCCAGCACACAACCCUCUUCUUCAGCGUUCUGUCUGAUUGUUGCUCACUGACCACGUGUCCAGCAGCCAAGAGCUCAAGAAACAUUUUGUAUGAAUGGACAGACGAACAGGGGAAGAAACUGAAGUGUUCAGCUCCGAUCUACAUCGACUACGCCUUGUCCUACAUUCAAGAGAUUCUCACAGAUGAGCGUGUGUUCCCCACCAAGACCGGUUCAGCAUUCCCUUCUGGAUUCAUGUUCCUGAUAAAGAAGAUCUUUGUGAUGCUCUUCCGCACGCUGACUCACCUGUUCAGCGUUCACUACCAGGACGCCAUCGCCGUGGAGUUACACCCACACCUCAACACGCUCUUCACACAUUUCAUCACCUUCAGCCAAACGUUCAGACUGCUGGAGCCUUCAGAGACGGCACCGAUCGACGAGCUCAUCGCCGUGCUCACACACUGACACACAAACAAAAGCAAUAUACAUGUGAGGGCUCUACAAAAAGCCACAGCAUGAGCCUGUGAAUCAUAAAAUUCACAAAUGGGACACUCUGUAGCUUUGGCACAUAAUGGACAUGUGCAAGUGAAGACAACGAGACUGUAAGUCCACAUAAAGUGCACUAUUUAGGACGGUUUCUUUUUGAUGUUACAUGAAGAAUCCCUUUGAUGUUUUGACCCAGUAGAAUUAGAAUGUGUCAAUCAACUUCAGACUGAGCUCUGAUUGGACAGCACAGACGAUCCUGCCUAUAAGCAGUUUUUCAGUGCCAACCAGUGAACAUGGGCAGUUUUCUUUUGGCCAGUGGCCACAUGGCCUUUUAACAAGAUGCAAUUCUUAGGAAUGUGGGAGCACUGGGAGCUUUCAACUGCGCUUUGCAAAUUAUGCCAGCAUUCCCUCUUAGCGUGUUUGUCUGAAACACUGAAUGAAAACAAAACACUGUUUGGGAGGGCACAAAAUGCUUUUCCAAAAAGAUACACUGUCAUUCAAAAGUUCGCGGUCACUAUUUUCCCCCCCUGAAAUAAAUUACUACAUUUACUCA